AUGGGGGACGGCGGCGCGUCCUCUCCGCUGAACUUCCACAACGGAACCGGCUCCUCCGGGUCCUGGUCCGGGUCCGAGCCGCCGGCCGCCCCGGGCUCAGCGGGCUCCUCCGCCGGGUCCGAGCAGUGGCGCGCCGGGCUCAGCCUCGUCAUGGCGCUCAUCGUGCUCUCCAUCGUGGUGGGCAACAUCCUGGUGAUCGUGGCCAUCGCCAGGACGCAGCGGCUGCAGACCCUCACCAACGUGUUCAUCGUGUCCCUGGCGGGCGCGGACCUCAUCAUGGGCAUGCUGGUGGUCCCGUUCGGCGCCGCGCUGGAGGUGCGGGGGUCCUGGAUGUACGGAUCCUUCUUCUGCGAGUUCUGGAUCUCCGUGGACGUGCUGUGCGUCACGGCCAGCAUCGAGACCCUGUGCGUAAUCGCCAUCGACAGGUACGUGGCCAUCACCUCUCCGUUCCGCUACCAGAGCCUGCUGACCCGAGCCCGGGCCCGGGCCGUGGUGUGCGUGGUGUGGGCCAUCUCCGCCCUGGUGUCCUUCCUGCCCAUCCUCAUGCACUGGUCCCGGGACAGCGUGGACACGUCCUGCUACGAGGACCCGGAGUGCUGCGACUUCGUCACCAACCGGGCUUACGCCAUCUCCUCCUCCGUCAUCUCCUUCUACAUCCCGCUCCUGGUUAUGCUCUUCGUUUACGCGCGCGUCUACCGGGAGGCGAAGAAGCAGCUGAAGAAGAUCGACAAGUGCGAGGGUCGGUUCCACAGCACGCUGAGCGGCCUGACCUCCAGGUGCAAGAAGAGACCCUCCAAGAUCCUGGCCCUGCGGGAGCAGAAGGCUCUGAAGACGCUGGGCAUCAUCAUGGGCACCUUCACCCUGUGCUGGCUGCCCUUCUUCAUCGUCAACGUGGUGCGGGUCUUCAGCGCGGCGGCGGUGGUGGACAAGGACCUGUUCGUGUUCCUCAACUGGCUGGGCUACGUCAACUCCGCCUUGAACCCCAUCAUCUACUGCCGGAGCCCGGACUUCAGGAAGGCGUUCCAGCGGCUGCUGUGCUGCCCGGGGCCCGCGGACCGCCGGCUGCACGUCAGCUCCUGCGACCUGUCCCGCUAUUCCGGAGGGUUCACGGUUUCCACGCUGGAGCAGGGGACCCUGGGGCUGUGGACGGACUGUCCCGGUCUGGACAACAGCGACAGCAGCCUGGGGGGGACCACCCUGAACAAGCUGCCUCACUCCGAGUCGCAGGUGUGA